UCUUCUCCUCGAGAAUUAAGAAUGUCGAACGCGUCUAAAAUCACUUUCGGUUUAUGUUGCAUGACGUCCGUCGGAAUAAUAGGCUACGUGCAUUACAAGCAGUCUUACGACAGGCAGCAGCUGCACUUGGGUGUGAUACGCGAUAUCGAACGACAAGAGCGCCGAAAGGCAGAAAAUGUCUACAUUCUGCAGCAGCAAACCGAGUUAGCCAAGGAACUACGCAGGCAGGAGCUACUACGAGAGAACGAUACGUGACGAUUAAUGCGCGUUAAUUG